AUAAAUGCAACAUCUUUUCCAAAAGUCAGUGAGUAAUGGUGUAAAAUAAUCCUGAUUUCAUACCAAAAAUAACUGUUUAUUAUCAUCUAACAGGGUGAAGAUGCAGUGGAGUCUGUUGGUGUUGAUUGUGAUGGGUCAGUGUUCCUCUAUUGGGGGUCAGCUGUGUGACUACCACUUCAUUGGAGACAAGAAGACCUGGAAAGAAGCCCAGGAUUAUUGCAGAGAGAACCACACUGACCUGGCCACAGUGUCUAACCAGACAGACAUGAAGAGACUCCACGACGCCGCGACUGCAAAGUAUCCACAGUAUCAAGGCGGAGCCUGGAUUGGGCUUAAAAAAAACACACCAAACAUCGUGUGGCGCUGGUCUCUGCCAGGGGUGGAGUUCAACGAGAGUGAGAGUGAAUGGUCUCCAGGACAGCCGGAUACUAAAGGCUGUGUUAAUUCCAGGCUUGAUAACUGUGUGAGGAUGAAUGGUGGCACAUGGGAUGACUUCUUUUCCUCUACAACCUAUAAAUUUAUCUGCUAUGACGGUCAGUGUUCCUCCAUUGGGGGUCAGCUGUGUGACUACCACUUCAUUAGAUAUGAGAAGACCUGGAAAGAAGCCAAGGAUUAUUGCAAAAAGAACCACACUGACCUGGCCACAGUGUCUAACCAGACAGACAUGAAGAGACUCCUUGACUCCACGACUGAACACUAUCAAGACGGAGCCUGGAUUGGGCUGCAGCGAGACUGGCGCUGGUCUCAGUCAGGGGUGGAGUUCAACGACAAACACAACAAGACCGGCAAAACAUUUUAUAUCAGUGACGAUAACAAUAUGAAGAACUGGACAGAGGCUCAGAGAUACUGCAGAGAUAAUCACACUGACCUGAUCAGUGGAGUCAAACAGCUAGAAGACUUCAAGAGACAGCACCAGAAUUAUGCAACGUGCCAAAAGACUAGUGACACGUGCCCUUUCUGGAUCGGCCUGUUCAGAGACUCUGACUGGAGUUGGUCAGAUGGGAACAAUUUCUCUUUCAGAUCCUGGGAUAAUGCUGAACCUAAGGAUAAACAAGACCCUAAGAAGCUAUGUGCUAUGACUACGUCAAAUGGAAAUUGGAGCUCUGCUGACUGUAAUGAAACCAAACCCUUCUUCUGCUACGACGAUUCAGUGAUCCUGAUCAAGAAGAACAUGACCUGGGUGGACGCGUUAUACUACUGCAGAGAUCACUAUCGCGACCUUGUCUCCAUCACCAACCAGGGCGAGCAGCUCUGGGUCCAGGAGAGAGCCAAGACGGCCUCCACUCCCUACGUGUGGCUGGGACUGCGCUACACCUGCACUCUGGACUUCUGGUUCUGGGUCACUGACGAGACGGUCCUCUACAAGAACUGGGGCCCCGACCAGUCUGGGGACGACUGCAACAUGUCUGGAGCCAUGGACAGAGAGGGAAUGCACCAGUGGGUCAAAAAAGACGACGACGAAAACAAGUUUAAUUUCAUCUGUUCCAAGUAA